GCUAUGAGGAGAAGGUUCCUGGCGGUGAGGACAAGGUUCUUGGCGGUGAGGACAAGGUUCUUGGCGGUGACGACAAGGUUCUUGGCGGUGAAGACAAGGCUGCUGGCGGUGAAGACAAGGUUCCUGGCGAUGAGGACAACGUUCUUGGCUAUGAGGACAAGGUUGCUGACGGUGAGGACAAGGUUGCUGACGGUGAGGACAAGCUUCCUGGCGGUGAGGACAAGGUUCCUGGCGGUGAGGACAAGGUUCCUGGCGGUGAGGACAAGGUUCCUGGCGUUCAGGAGAAGGUUUUUGGCUGUGAGGACAAGGUUCCUGGCGGUUGUUAUGUUAUUAGUCUGUUUAUUAUGUUACAAAACAACCCUUAUAUACAUGAAUCUAAUUAG